ACGCCGGCGCCCCGCGGCCGCAGGGGCUGCCGGGAGCGCGCUGGGCCGCCAUGCUGCUCUUCUGUCCCGGCUGCGGGAACGGGCUGAUCGUGGAGGAGGGACAGCGCUGCCACCGCUUCGCCUGCAACACCUGCCCCUACGUGCACAACAUCACGCGCAAGGUCACCAACCGGAAGUACCCGAAGCUGAAAGAAGUGGACGAUGUGCUCGGCGGCGCGGCGGCUUGGGAGAACGUGGACUCCACCGCAGAGUCAUGUCCUAAAUGCGAACAUCCUCGUGCCUAUUUCAUGCAGCUUCAGACUCGCUCUGCAGACGAGCCAAUGACCACCUUCUACAAGUGCUGCAAUGCUCAGUGUGGACACCGCUGGAGGGACUAGGGCCAGGAUCCAGCUGUGUCAUUGUCUGCCUACCUUGUUCCCUAGGGUCGAUUCACAGCCAGGAGUGUGAACUGUUUGUCCUGAACCGUCUCUGCUGAUGUGGCCAAAAGCUAACCCUUUCACGGGAGCUGGUCAGGGUACCAGCCCAUCUGGCAGUCAGCGGAUGAGCUCAUUUAUAUCCAGGGGGAUUGUGUGUGCAGGGAAGGGUAUCCAUAAGUAAGUGUGUUCUUUUUAAUAUACUGCUUGUGGAUCUUGUAGGUAUAUUGGCUAAUUGACAUCUUUUCACCAUUAUCCUUCUUAAAUAUGCACUCCGAUUGCACAACUAAUAAAGUAAAAUGUCAUAAUGUAGGACAUUAGAUAUAUCUAAGUAUUUAACUUAAUUGUAAACUUAUCACUAUCUUUUCUGAAUAUUUAAUUAAAAUGGAAAAUCUAA